AUGAAUAAUAGAAAGAUUAUUGGUGAGUCUUCUCAUAAUGUUAUUGAAAGAGGAAAUACUAUAUUUAUUGAGAAUAGUAAUUUAAAAAAGUAUGAAAUUGUUAGAGAGGUUCAGGGAACAAAUAACUAUGACUUUCUUCAUACACCUUAUAGAAGUAGACCACCAGUUAGAAGAGUUUUUCAAAUUUUGGAAGCUGAUAUUAGUGAUAAUAGUGGUAAAGAUAUUUCUAAGUGUCUUAUUUGUGAUGCUCCUAGUAGUGGAUUCCAUUUUAAUGCCCCAUCAUGUUCAGCGUGUGCUGCAUAUUUUAGGAGAACUGUUACUUUAAAUCGUGUUUAUGUCUGUCAACAAAAUAAUAAUUGUAAAGUAUUUUACGCAUUAAGAGUUAUUUGUAAAGCAUGUAGGUACAAGAAAUGUUUAGAAGCUGGAAUGGACCGUAAUGCUGUUCAACCACGUCGUGAAUGUAAUUUUGGAAGAAGAAAAUUUGCGUAUAGAACAAAAAUUAUCGAAGCAACUGAUCAUAUGGAAAUUGAAAAGUUAGAAGAAGAGUUUAAUUCAAAUGAAAUUAGAGAAAGAAAUAUUAUUGAAGUUAAAAAUGAUAAUCAUGUAUUUCCUGUUUCUAAUUCAAAUAUAUAUUUAAUACCCCAAGAUAGUAUUUUAGAAGAAGAAAAUAAAGUUUAUAAUGAAGAUUCUCAAUAUUUUGGUAGUCAAACAACAAUAUCUUCAACAGUGCAUUGUUACAAUCCUUUUUAUAAAUUUGAUAAUAAUUGUGUAACUAAUGAUAAUUUAAAUCUUCAAAUCUGUUCAAACACUACACCUCCCAAAAAUCAACUUUAUAACACUGUUCCCGGUACCAUUAAUAAUUAUUUCAAUACCGGAUCUAUGAUAAAUCAAGAUACAUACUCAGUAAUACAAGAUCUAAUGGAAGAAGAAAAAAAAACAAGAGAAAGAAGGAGAAUACUUUUUUGUUCAAAACCAAAAUUUGAUGAACUUUUUAAAGAAAAAGAUGUUUUAAUAGCAUUUACAUCUGCUGACAUAAGACCAAUGAAAUUUUCAAGAAUUAGAAAAGAGUUAAGAUCAAUGGUUUUAAUAAUAUUUGAAUGGACGAGAUCAAGAACAUUUUGGAAAUAUUUAAAUGUUAAUGAUCAAAUGUGUCUCCUAAAAAGGACUGUCCUCCAUCAUACAAUACUUGAUCCAGCAUAUUUAACAGCAAAAAUUGGAUAUCCAUCAAAAUUUAUUAUGAGUAAUGGAAUGUAUGUCUCAAUAAAUCCUGAAAAAAAUAUUGAAGGAUGGGAAGAUGAACCUGAAAUUAAUAGUUCAAUGAAAAAAAGUUUAUAUGUUUCAUUGAUGAAUCAAGUUGUAGAUAGUCUAGUUCUUCCACUUAUGGAUCUUAAUAUAUCAUCAAUAGAAUUAAUAUUUUUAAAAGCUUUAGUUUCAUGGAAAAAUAGUGGAUUACAUGUUCUUAGUUCUGAGGCAACAUAUUUUCUUGGAAAAGAAACUGAAAAAAUUUGUAAAGAAUUAUAUAAACAUUAUCAGAUGCAAGGAAUGAAAGAGGAUGAAAUUUCUACAAGAAUGGGUAAUAUAUUUUUGUUAAUUGGUAAUAUUUAUACACUUGGAAUGCAUACAAUUGAAAGUCAUGUCAAAAUUUCUUUUUUUGAUUUAUGGGAAUUAGAUUCAAUGAUCCUCAGACUAUUCAAAGAUUAA